GGUGGAAGAAAGUCGUGUUUUGGUUCUGUUCGACGGAUAGAGUCGGGCGUGUUAUAAAGCCUAUCUAACACUGGUAGUUUUAGUUAAUAUAAUAUAAAAUGAAAGUCACAUUUCUACUAGAGCUAUUGUUAAUUUUAAUAAUUAUUGCAUUUGCCGCAUCGAAGCCAAUUGAAGAGGGACGUGCGGUGCGGAAAGGAGCAUUGAUUCAUCGACAGGCCGAAGAGGAGGUGGGAGAUGCCGCAGCUAUAGAUCCAGCCCCAGCCCCAGUCGCACCCGUUUCCGGCGGUGAUGAUGACGACGAUGAUGAUGAUUCCGACGAGUUUGAUCUGGGGGAUGACGAUUCCGCAGAGGAUGACGAUGCCGAUGAUGAUGAUGACGACGAUGAAGAUGAUCUGAUUGGAUCGGUUGAAGAUGAAAUCGAUGACGAUGAUGAUGAUGAUGACGAUGAAGAGGAAGAAGCGGUGGCUCCAGCUCCAGUUGCUGCAGCAGUGCCAUCUGUUGUUGAUCAGCAGAAACAGUCAGCUGUUAGUCAACCUGCUCAGCCUGUUGCCGCCGUCGAUGAAGAUGAGGAUGAAGAGGAUGACGAUGACGAAGAUGAUGAUGAUGAAGAUGAUGAUGGUUUAGGGUUUUUCGGUGAAGAUCUUCUAGGCGCUUUCGAUGAUGAAGAAGACGAUGACGACGACGACGAUGAUGAAGAUGAGCCAGCACCAGUCCCAGUUGAAGCACCAGUUGCUCCAAUCGCACCAUCGAAAAAGCAAAAGAAGAAACCAGUCCCUGUGAAGGAACCGGUAGCCAGUGCGCAGAGUACUCAGGCUCUGCUUGACCUUGCCGAUGCAGCCGCUACCCAAAACGAGAUCGAAGCCCCACCAAAGCCAAAACCGGAGGGAAUCGACGUGAACAACGAGGUUAACAAGAUCGUCGAAUCACUUGCAGCUCAAAAGGCCGAUCAAAAUGCUCAACCAGUGACGGAAGCAGUUGCAGAGGAUGAGGAAGAAGCGGAAUACGACGAGGGUUCUCCAGAAAAGGUACAAUCAUUAUCAUCAGAUAAUAACAAAGUUGAUGUUGUUGCCGCUCCUGCAGCCGUGACCGCAACCAAGCCGACCAGUGACGAUGACGACAUCUUCGAAGGUAUCACAUCACUAGUGGACGACGAUGACGACGAUGACGAUGACGAUGAUGACGAUAGCGACGAGACGACAGCGCAGAAAGUAGACCCACCUGCCACGAAUAGCGAAAAUGAAACGCAAGCCGAUGACGCCGACGAUGAUGACGAUGACGAAGAGGACAGUGAUGAGCUGAUCGAUGAAAGUGCCGUGGAAGAGAUCGCUGAAUCCGACGUGUGAGUGUGAUCCAUUACCUUCCUCCGAACUCCCAAUCUAGAGUAGUAAAAGCAAAACAAAAAAAUGAAAACUAAUCUAGCAGAUUAAACGCUGUACAGAGUGAGAGACAAAGAGCGAAAGUAACAGAUCGCGAGAGAGAAAGACUCUUAAUGACCAGGGCCAAUGAGAAUACUCACACAAAAACCGAACGUGGCCGAAUUUCCACACCUCCAAGCCUAACAUCUCCCAAAUCUUCGAUUUAAGAAGAUUUUUCUAUAAACAAAAAGACUUCCAAUCUUUCCAAGAAAAGAGAACGGAAAAUUGAAAUUUUCACGAGCCAUUAACAACGAAGAGAAAACCGCAAGAGAGAGAGAGAUGACGAGUUACAAUGACAUGUACAUGACCGCGAGACCCCUCCAACAACUACACUGACCUCUAGUGAUAAGUUAAUUUAUUUAUUUAUUUAUUUAAAUUAUUUAUUUAAUUUAUUGAGCGUGUAUAAAGACAAAUCAGACUCGAUAAGGAGGAUACAAUAAACUAUUGCAAACAA